UCUUAGUUGCUCCAGCCUGAAAACCUAGGAGCCUUCCUGGAUUUCUCUUACACUGCCUAUUUAGUGUGUGAAUGCAUGAGUGGAAAGUUGAGUUCGCACUCGUGACUGACUGGGGUCAACGCCCACAUUCGCUCCUACUUUGCGCGCGCUGUUUUGACUCCGCGGAUGAAGAUUGGGCCCUGGUGGCCGGGGCCGGGGAGGCGGGCCUGGAGCCAGGGGGCGGGGCAGGCGGCAUGGAAGUGCGCUCGCGCCGGCGCGGAACCACAACUCCCGGCGGCCCCCGCGCUCCCGGGCGGCAAGAUGGUGGCGCGCAGGAGGAAGCGCGCGGCGCAGGACUCUGAGGACCGAAUCCCGAGCCCUCCCGGCUAUGCAGGUAAGGGGUUUGGGGACGCGAGACUGGGGACGGUCAGGCAUCGCCGGGAGGUGUUUGGGGGGUUGGCGGCGGCCAGGAGCGGCCGUACGGUUGGGUGUGAGCCCCGGCGUCCCCUGGUCCCAGGCUUGGCAGGUUGUGAGGCCCGCGCGGGGCCCGAGGACCCACGCGGCGCCCUUCGGUAUGCCCACUCUCCCGGAGCGAGCCCGUCUUGGUUCACGCUUCUCUUGGGUGAGCCCAUCCUCUUCUCGCCUCUACUCUUAGUCCAGCCCAGCAAGACUCCAACUCAAAAAAAGAGCGGGAGUAUCUACCUCUUUAUUGUCCCUGGGGAACAGGUCAGAGGGCAUAGUGCCCACAGGCUCCGGCUGUGGGCAGACAUGGCAGUGGCGUGGAGUCCUUCAGGGGUGCUAGAACCCUGGCAGCGCCACCCAGGGUGGAGGGAGGCUUGGGGACGGCCCUGCGGAUGCUCACACUCAGCUUCCCUCUCGCCCCGGCAGGAAUGCCUGUCCCACCUCCUGUCCUCCUGUGGCCCUGUCCAGUCUGUGGAGUUGCAGGAGAAGCCGGACCCGGCCGAGAGCCCGAAGGAGCCAAGGUCGAAGUUUUUUCAUCCCAAGCCAGUUCCGGGGUUCCAGGUAGCCUACGUGGUGUUCCAGAAGCCAGGUGGGGUGUCAGCUGCCUUGGCCCUGAAGGGCCCCCUGCUGGUAUCCACAGAGAGCCACCCUGUGAAGAGUGGCAUUCACAAGUGGAUCCGUGACUACGCAGACUCUCUGCCCGACCCUGAGGCCCUGAGGGUGGAGGUGGACACCUUCAUGGAGGUGUAUGACCAGAAGAUUGCUGAGGAAGAAGCUAAGGCCAAGGGGGAAGAGGGUGUCCCUGACGAGGAGGGCUGGGUGAAGGUGACCCGCUGUGGCCGGAGGGCUGUGCUCCCCCGGACGGAAGCAGCCAGCCUUCGGGUGCUGGAGAGAGAGAGACGGAAGCGCGCCCGGAAGGAGCUGCUCAACUUCUAUACCUGGCAGCACCGCGAGAGCAAGAUGGAACAUCUAGCACAGCUGCGCAAGAAGUUCGAGGAGGACAAGCAGAGGAUCGAGCUGCUUCGGGCCCAGCGCAAAUUCCGACCUUACUGAGCUGGGAGAGCCACACCAAAAAGGAACUUGAGGCGAGGUGGGCCCUGGGUUGAGGGCCACUGUGUCCAACAGCCCCGAUCAGAGGCCACACGGCUGGGAGUGAAGGACCGUGCCACCCCUCAGGUCUUGUGCUUCAGCAGUCCUGGGGUGUGCCCAGAGGAGGAUUUGCCCCUUCAGCCUCCAUACCCUCCUCUCAAGGACCCUUCUCCCCUUAACCACAAUGGAAAUGCCCCUGCUGCAGCGAAACAGCCUCAAAAGCAGUGAGAAUACCA